GGUCCAUUUCAACUCUGUUAUUUUGUUAUCUAUCUUGUAGGAUUAACCACCAUGAACCUGGAUGACAACACAAAAUGGCUCAUGUGGGUAGCCAAGCAGUUUGAGAAUAUUGCUGGUGACAAUAAAGAAAUCAGCUUGGAACAAUUCAAAACUGCACUUAAAGUGAAGGAGUCUUUUUUUGGUGACCGGUUCUUCGCUUUGUUUGAUUCCGAUGAAAGUGGAACCAUCAGCCUGGAUGAACUCCUGAACACCUUAAAACUGCUGAUCCAUGGGAGUGAAACCGACAAGCUCUGGUUCCUCUUUCGGGUCUACGAUGUGGAUGGUGGUGGCUCCAUUGAACCCGAUGAAUUACGCAUGGUCUUAAAAUCAUGCCUGAAAGAGAGCUCAAUAUCUUUGCCUGAAGAGAAGCUAGAUGACCUGACAAUGGCUCUUUUUGAGUCAGCAGAUUCUGAUAAGAGUGGAUCCAUAACCUUUGAGGAGCUCAGAGAGGAACUGCAGCGUUUUCCAGAAAUCAUGGAGAACUUAACAAUAAGUGCUGCGAGUUGGCUAAAGCCGCCCACAGCUCCCCGGAAGACCCAAACCCCACAUAUCUUGAGUCCUGUGUAUUGGCACAACAAUAAGAACAAGCUUCUUCUGCUGGGUAGCUAUGCAUGUGUGAACAUUAUCCUCUUCAUCUUGGCUGCCCUAAAGCAGGCUGGCUCUGGCAUUUGGAUCGUGGUGGCCAGAGGCUGUGGGCAGUGCCUGAACUUCAACUGCGCAUUCAUACUGGUGUUGAUGCUACGCCGAUCUCUGACCUGGCUAAGGACCACUUGGGUAGCCAAAGUUUUGCCCCUGGACUUGAAUGCCAUCCUGCACCAGCUGAUGGGCUACAUGGUGGGUGUUCUAACUAUCCUUCACAUGGGAGCUCACAUCAUCAAUUUUGUGAGACUGUCUCAGGCCAAAGAAGACUAUCGUCUCUGGGAAUACCUUUUCACCACCCGGCCUGGCAUUGGAUGGAUUCAUGGAACUGCCUCUCUCACGGGUCUCCUCCUGCAGCUCCUGAUCUCCCUGAUGCUCGUGUGUUCCACUACCUUGGUCCGCAGGAGUGGUCAUUUUGAGCAGGUCUUCUACUGGACUCACCUUUUCUACAUCCCCAUCUGGGCUUUGCUGAUUGUUCACGGUGCUAAUUUCUGGAAGUGGUUUGUGAUCCCUGGAUCUCUCUUCCUCGGAGAGAAGGCCUUUGCAGCUGCUUUGUCACGUGUCGGUGGGCUGUGCAUUGUGGAAGUCAACCUUCUACCCUCCAAGGUGACUCAUUUGGUGAUUCAGAGGUCCCCCUUUUUCCACUACAAACCAGGUGACUACGUGUACCUGAACAUUCCGGUCAUCGCCCGGUAUGAGUGGCACCCCUUCACUAUCAGCAGUGCUCCAGAGCAGCCAGACACCAUCUGGCUGCAUGUUCGGUCACUGGGACAAUGGACCUACCGAUUACAUGAGUACUUCUGGAAUUUUCAGGAGCCCUUUGAUGACAAUCCUGAAUUGUCAGUGGCCAGGAAAUCAAGGAACAAGAACAGACUCUCGAAUUUUGUGGAGAAGUGUCUCUUUUGCUCCUCUGAUUUGGACCUACCGGUGGCAACCACUAAAGAUGAGAUGAUCCAAAUGGUAUCAUACACACCCAUUCAGGAUUCCAGCAUCACUGUAACAGAUGAGCCUGAAGAGGUUUCUAGCAGGCCCACCAAGAACCGUAGGCUCUGUAACAUCAAGUGUUAUAUCGAUGGUCCCUAUGGCACUUCCACGCGCCGGAUCUUCUCUUCAGAGCAUGCGGUGUUGAUUGCGGCAGGAAUUGGCAUCACCCCUUUUGCCUCCAUUUUACAAAGCAUCAUGUUCAGACAUCGUAUGCGAAAACAAGCCUCCUGCAGCCACAGUAAUUCUUUGGAUGAGAAUAUGAAGCUUCAGAAGGUAGACUUUGUUUGGAUCAAUCGAGACCAAAAAUCCUUUGAGUGGUUUGUCAGCCUGCUUACCCAAUUGGAAGCCAUGCAAGGCAGUGAAGAGCCAACAGCCCGUUUCCUGGAGAUGCAUUUGUACAUGACCUCAGCACUUAACAAGAGCGACAUGAAGGCUGUGGGCCUGCAGAUGGCCUUGGAUCUACUUGCAAAAAAAGAAAAGAAAGACUCAAUCACAGGCCUCAGGACGAGAACAAAGCCUGGGAGGCCAGACUGGAAACAGCUCUUUCAGAAAAUUGACAAAGAAGACAAAGGAAAAGUCCAGGUUUUCUUUUGUGGCUCUCCAGCUCUUGCCAAGGUUGUCAAAGCUCAGUGUGAACAGUUCACUUUUCCCUUUUUCAGGGAAAACUUCUAGCUGCAAGAAGUUUUUUGUUCCGUUUGACCAACAUGGUCAUGUUUGUUUUUAAUGAACUAAAAAAUAUUCUAUUUAAAAGAAAAACACUAGAAAACAUUUGUGUCCUUUUUAUCAUUAUAGUACCGGUAGGUUGUAUAGUCAGCCAAAUGUUUACAUUGGAUUUGGCAUUUUUAUUCACCUAUCAAGUUCUUCCCAAGGACCUCGGACAGGCAGAUGUUGUUUGAUGGCGUUAAAUAAAAAUCAUUAUCAUGUAUAAUUAUUAUGUUGGAUGAUGAUGAUGGAGAUAUGUAUAAGGUUUCCACAGAGCUGGUAAGAAUUUGUUUGCUUGCUUAUUUAGUACAAGCCUCUUUUGCUCAACUAAGUCCAUGCAAGGCAGCACGUAAUGUAACACGUGGAAAUAAAAAUAAAUGUAGAAUAGAAGUAACAAAGCCAUUAAGCUUAAUGCAUUAUGAAUAAUUGACAAUGCAUCAAAAUAAAGAAUACUGC